AUGCCUUCAUCCAACUCCCCUCCGCCAGGUGCCGGAGAAGCUUCAAAGCCAACCAUCAUCCAAUGGAUCGUGGACACACGCCCUUUAUGGCCCAAAGCCACUGAGACCAAACACCUCGAACAAUCCGCCUCUCGAGCACUCGCCCUUCUCAAUGCAGACGAACGCACCACCGUGCUCAAAUACUUCCACGUCCGAGACGCCAAGCUCUCCCUUGCCUCGCACCUCCUCAAACGCUACGUCGUGUCCCGCUUCUGCUCCGUCCCGUGGUCCCUCUCCACGCCCUCCCGCGACCCCGCGACGGGGAAGCCACGCUGGCAAGACCCGCAAGGCCGCGAACCUCUCCGUUUCAACGUGAGCCACCAGGCCGGCCUCGUCGCCCUCUUCGCCGUCCACUCCAACAACGACUCCGACCACGGCCACGGAAACGGAAACGGAAACGGAGAUGGUCCGGAAGUAGGCGUCGACGUGGUCUGCACCUCCGAGCGCUUCGACCGCGACCUCGCCUCGCUCCUCCCGGACCCCGUCGCCUCCUGGCCCGCCUUCGUCGACGUGUACGCCGAGGUCUUCUCCCCGCAAGAAGUGGCCUACCUGUGCCGCGACGUCCCCCGCCUCCUCCCCCCCCGGUCUAAACUCGGCCCUACCGUCUCCGCCUCCCCCCGCGCUUCCCCCCGCGAGGUCGCCGCGUUCCUGCUCCGCUACUUCUACGCGGCCUGGUGUCUGCGCGAGGCGUACAUCAAGAUGACGGGCGAGGCCCUCUUGGCCCCCUGGCUGCGCGACCUCGAGUUCCGCGGGUUUCGCCCGCCCGAACCCGAACAGGAUUUCGUGGGUGACGAGGGACUGUGCAAGCGCGGCGAGGAGGUGGCGGACGGGACGGUGGUGAGGGGGCAUGAGAUCUACUUUGAGGGUCGACGGGUCGAAGAUGCCAAUGUGUGUUUGCGAGCGCUGGGCCACGACUACAUGGUCUGCGCUGCGGUGCGGACGCCCCGUCAUAAGGAGGACGGGCUGGGGUUUCGGUUGGGUGACUUUGAGGCUGUAAGCAUGGAUGAGAUAGUAGAGUUUGGCGAAGCACAUUGA